AUGAAGAGGAAGUCCGUUUACACCAACAUCACCCCGAUCCCCUCGCAUAUUCCACGUCAGCUGGCCAUCGACAUGCUACACAAUCAUGGCGAAAUCAUCGAGCUCAAUCCCCUUGUGAUCGGCUACAAAGCCAUCAAAGCCCCGCAGACUGCGCCCGCCGACGAGUUCUUCUCCACGUGGUAUGAGAUCAACGAGAGGAUUCAGUAUGUCCCGGGCAUAGGAAAGGCCGGAGCAGGCAAAAUAUCUUUCAAGGGCUGUUUCCAUGACAUGCCGUGGGGCUUGCAGACACAUGUCUAUGCGCCCAUGGGUGUGGACCUGCGCAACAAGUGGCAGAUUCGGGGCAACCAACCGGGCGAGCCUCCCGAGUCGCGGGAACUGGGCAGCAAUGCUCCCCCCGAGGGUCUCUAUCUACGCGAAGACAUUGAAAUCAAGUGCAACCCGGCCAUGGUGUCGUUCGUCAAGAAAGAGAUGAAGGCUGCCUCCAAGACCAUGGUUGACCGCCUGGUGAAGAAGGCAGAAUUGAUUGACGCUGGCGUGUUGAAUGCGAUGAUGGAAGAUGGCAGACUCAAAACGCUGAACCCGGCAGAUCGCUCUCAGACUUUCCAACAGCAGGGACAUUAUUCGCCGUCCAUGCUCUCGCCCAACCCACAGUCCGGGUUCCCCCAAUCCCCGGCGGUCUCGACAUUCCAACAGUCCGCAUAUGCGAGACAAUCCAUGUACGGCUCACCGGGCCCACAAUACCAAUACUCACAGGUGCCCCCGGCUCAGGGCCUGGCGAUUGAAAUGGAGGGAAGCACCCAUUUUAUGCAGCCACCUCCGCCUCAGCAGCAACAGCAACAACAACUACAUCCGAACAGAUUCUCGUCGGCUGUCUCGGAACUGUCUGCCAGCUCCCCGAACCAAAGCGACUUCCCGCACAACAGCAGCCAGUCCGACCGACAAAGCUAUGCGGAGUCUGUCAGCUCGAUGCCGAGCUCGGUACCCCACGGCGGAAUGGCAUCUCCUGGCAUGGAGAAGCGAGCGUUCGUAGCGGAAUUACCGGCAAGCAAUGGAAACAUGCAGAAUAGGUCGCCGAGAACCCCAGAACCGAAUGCAAUGUCAGCUCAACAGCAACAAGCUCAGCAACAGUACCGAUAUAACCCUCAGGACUAUGCCCGGAUGUCAUGA